AUGGAAAAUUCCAAAACCUUUUCAGUUAAUCAGCGGUGGAAGAGCGAAGAAGCAGUAUCAGCGCCUACACCGGACCCUGCUGCUCAUCAGCAUCAGUACGCGAAUCAAAGGCCGCCUGGAAUAGAAAAGGAAAUAUAUUCCAAGCAAUUGGAAUAUGGCACUGGAUCAAGUGAUCAAAAAUUCGAAGAGAGCCAUACGGGUGGCCCGGCGGAGGGAGGAAAAUUCAAAACAUGGUGUCGCCGAUAUCAAAGAUAUAUCCUCCCAUUCCUCGUUUACCUUUGCAUUACUAUGCGCAUUUUGUUUUUCUAUGUCCCGAUAUCCAUAAUUACCAGGUCGAUGCAUUGGAUAUGGAGAAAUACCGCCCGCCGUUUCGUUCCGAUGAUUCCAGAAAAAUAUCAGACUUUGGCCGGCGCGGCAUUGGUCGUUGCGGUCAUCCUCAUAGGCGCGUUUGCCUCGCCAGAAGCAGCUGACAAUACCCGCGAAAACCGUGCAGUUAGCUUAGUCGGGUUGGCCGUGUUAUUGGGGGGUCUGUGGAUAACGUCCAAAGACCGCAAGAGAAUAGUAUGGAGGACCGUCAUUGUCGGCAUGCUAGUCCAAUUCAUUAUGGCAUUAUUCGUUCUGCGCACCAGAGUUGGGUACGAUAUAUUCAACUUCAUCGCCAUGCGUGCCACUGACCUUCUUGCCUUCGCUGGAAAAGGAACCGAAUUCGUGACCAGCGGAGAGGUUCUCAAACUUCCCUGGUUUCUCAUUACCGUGGUGCCGGCGAUCAUUUUCUUCGUAUCUCUAGUCCAACUUUUGUAUUACAUCAACUUCAUCCAGUGGUUCAUUGGAAAAUUCGCCGUUUUCUUCUUCUGGUCCAUGCGGGUGUCGGGCGCGGAAGCUGUUGUUGCAGCUGCGUCACCAUUCAUUGGCCAAGGCGAAUCGGUCAUGUUGAUUCGGCCAUUUAUCAAUUAUCUCACUAUGGCUGAAAUCCAUCAGGUGAUGUGUUCUGGGUUUGCAACGAUCGCUGGAAGCGUGUUUGUCGCAUACGUGGCCCUCGGUGUGAAUCCCCAGGCGCUGAUUUCAUCUUGUGUUAUGAGCAUACCUGCGUCACUCGCAGUAUCAAAAAUGAGGUACCCUGAGAAGGAAGAAACAUUGACGGCAGGCCGCGUCACAAUACCGGAAGACGAGGGCAACAAACCGGUAAAUGCACUACAUGCGUUUGCCGCGGGGGCCUGGUUAGGGUUAAAGAUUGCAGCUAUGAUCACUGCCACAUUGCUAUGCAUCAUCUCCCUUAUUGGACUCGCCAAUGGGUUAUUGACUUGGUGGGGCCGUUACCUUAACAUCAAUGAUCCGCCGCUCACCAUCGAACUCAUUGUCGGAUACUUAUGCUACCCGGUCGCUUUUCUACUCGGUGUCCCACGCAAUGGCGAUAUCCUGAAAGUAGCUCGUCUAAUUGGGUUAAAGCUCAUUGCAAAUGAGUUUGUGGCGUACCGUGCUCUCCAAACCCAGGCGGAAUAUGCGACGCUUUCGCCCCGUUCCCGCCUUAUUGCCACUUAUGCACUCUGCGGUUUUGCGAACAUCGGUUCUCUAGGGAACCAGGUUGGCGUCUUAUCUCAGCUGGCUCCUGAUCGGACGGCUGAUGUGACGCGGGUCGCCGUGAGUGCCCUGAUAACGGGGGCGCUGAGCACUUUGAGCAGUGCAAGCAUCGCAGGAUUACUCGUCACUGACGAGAGAUAA